AUGAAAACGCAGAGUAUAAGAUCACCAAGAACCACGCUGUUAGUGGAGCUUUUAAUGGGAGGCACUGACAGUGCUGCGCAUGAAGUGCAGUGGGCAAUGGCUGAGAUCAUCAGCAACCAAGCGGUGGUUAAGGAAACCCUAAGAUUGCGUCCAGCAGUGCCUGUUUUGGUAAGGAUGUUCGAACAAGAAUGUAAGGUUGGAGGUUUUCGCAUACCGGAGAAGACAACGCUUGUUGUAAAUGUAUACACUCUGAUGAGAGAUCCGAAUAUCUGGGAAGAUCCCGAUGAGUUUAAACCAGAGAGGUUUCUUGCUUCGUCAAGAUCAGAUCAAGAAGAAGAGAGAGAGCAAACCCUAAAGUAUCUUCCUUUUGGCAGCGGGAGGAGAGUAUCUCCUGGAUUAAAUCUUGGAUCUCUCUUUGUCAGAACCGCGGUUGGAAUGAUGGUGCAGUGCUUCGACUGGAGAAACAAAGGAGAUGAAGUUGUUAACAUGGAAGACAUGAUUGCAGGAGUGACAUGGCUCAUCCAUUGA